UUUGUUUUUCGUUAUUCUUUUUAAUUCUCUAAAUUAUGGGACUUGCACCUCGAUUAUGGGUUGGUUAAUUAGUGUAAUCUUCAAUUUCUUGGACACAAUUUUUCAUGAUUUUUUUUUCUAAAUUUCGAAGUUGUUUUGUUUCAAUGGAUAGUGGGUGUGGUUUAUUUUUGUUCUAUUGAGCUUCUUCUGCAUUUUGACUACUGUCUAUGCUCUACCAGCUACGUCUGGGAUGUGGCUGCUGGUCCUUGGGUUUUAGCUUUUUGUUUUCUUAUUUUGUUAGUAGUGUUUCUGCUUAUAAUCUUAUGUAUAUUGUAAGUUGUAGUAGUAUCAUAAUAGCUCACAUGGAGAUUGGCCCUUAACAUAAUAUAAUGGAGAAUGUGAAUUCAUGUAGAUGAUAUGCAUUGGGAUUCUGACUGAUUUGAGUUGAGUUAUCCAUUGUUGAAAGAUGAAACCUAUGAAUGUUGCUUUUAAAUUCAACAUCAUGGAUUAUUUCAUGGAUCAAUGAUAACCUAAAACCAAUGCCAAGGGCAUGGAGAAUUCAAAUCAAGAGUUGUCUUGUUGAUUGGGUUGGAGAUAUGGGUAGCAAGUCAGCUUACACCAUGGCCUGUUACAUAUUGGAUUGCAUAAGCCAUCCAUGUGUUUUAUGUGAUUGUUUUAGAUUGCUUCUUUGAGGAAUUCUCUUUGCUGUAAUGGGAAUUAAGGACUCAUACAAUUACCCUUCGUCGCCUUUACUACUGAAGUGGUGCAAAAGGGAUGGUUUGAACACAAGCACUGAGUUUGCUUCUACUGGCCCCUACAUCAACAGACCCUUAUUUAAAGAUGUUGCUUAUUGAUCCAUCCAAGAAGUUAUCAUUUACCCAGUACAUAAGAGAUGGAGAUUUGGUUAUCGUCUAUGAGAAGCAUGAUUCAAUGAAGGCUAUUAAAGCAUGUGAGACUUCAGUGCUCCAGAACCGUUUUGGUGUAUUUAAACAUUCAGACUGGAUUGGAAAGCCUUUUGGGUCCAAAGUGUUUAGCAACAAGGGUGGAUUUGUCUACUUAUUAGCUCCAACACCUGAACUAUGGACUAUGGUUUUAAGCCACAGGACUCAGAUUCUUUAUAUUGCUGAUAUUUCCUUUGUGAUUACAUACUUAGAGAUAGUUCCUGGUUGUUUGGUACUUGAGUCUGGUACUGGUAGUGGAUCUUUAACAACCUCGCUUGCAAGGGCUGUGGCUCCUACAGGACAUGUUUAUACAUUUGAUUUCCAUGAACAAAGGGCUGCUUCAGCAAGGGAAGAUUUUGAGAAGACAGGAGUAAGCAGCUUAGUCACAGUUGGAGUUAGAGACAUUCAGGGUGAGGGGUUUCCAGAUGAAUACUCUGGGUUGGCUGAUUCUGUAUUUCUGGAUCUACCUCAACCAUGGCUGGCCAUUCCUUCUGCUGGGAAAAUGUUGAAACAAGAUGGGAUUUUGUGCUCUUUCUCACCAUGCAUUGAGCAAGUACAACGCUCUUGCGAAACUCUCAGAUCAAAUUUUACGGACAUAAGGACAUUCGAGGUUCUCCUUCGGAUGUACGAAGUUCGUGAAGGCAAAAUGGAUUGUGGGCAGGGCGAUGAAGGUGUUUCUCUCGGAUCUCCUCCUUACAAGCGAAGGCAGUGUUCGAAUGAAAGCCGUAAAGUGCAUGAAAAUACUAGUUCUCCUGUAGUCAUGGCUAGGCCUUGUGGUGAAUCUAGAGGGCACACUGGCUAUUUGACAUUUGCAAGACUCAAAUGUCAUUGAUGAAGAGAUGAAAUCACUCUCCCAUCCACUUUUUUAAAGUUUCUGUGCUCAUACUUGGUUGUCUUACCUGCAUUGUGAAUUCUUUGUAAUCAGCUUCAAGCUUGGAAAGUUUGAAAGAAAAUUUUGGCCUGUGGUA